AUGACGACACCGAGGCUCCCGUUCCUGUAUCCGAAUUUGAUGCGCGCGGUGCGCUCAUGCGAACCGAGAACAUACCGCUCAAUUCGAAUCCCAUACCGGCCCAGUCAACGCUUCCAUACGAGCCAGCAACACCGGCGCGAUUCCUACCAGCGGCGUUACGGCCCAGCUGUCGAACCGAAUACUUCUCCUUCAUUGCGUCCGAAGAAGGGUCCCCAUGAUCAGGUCCAAGAUGUGCCAGAGGAUCCAUCUUCUGGACAUGAGGCUGUAAAUGCCUCGGAGCAGGAGGGAGAGUCGGAAACGCAACCUCAGGAAGCCGAGCAAGAUGUCGCAGAUGUCGCCAAAGAAGCUUCUUCGGCGACCCCGGCGCUAGAUCAACAAAUUGAGGACGACACAAAGAAAGACAAUCCCCCGACUGACCGGGAACCGCAUGAGGAGAAGGGAACGGACAUGGAUGGUGCUGAGCAGGAACAGGCUCCGGCUUCUUCACCCCCUCCUUCCGAAGGCCCGUCGGAAGAAAGCACAGAUACUUCUUCUUUUACAGGUCAAACUCCGUUCGAUGAUGUUCUCCACAUGCCCUCCCCGUCCGUCUACCUAUCCCCAACUGGAGAGCCCUCCUCGUCCGACGGUCGCCCGCCACAUUUGUCCCCAGCACCAUAUGUGCACCAUUUCGACACGUAUUCGUUGGUCCAGGAUCUGUCCAAAGGGGGAUACAGCGAAGAGCAGUCUACUACAAUCAUGAAGGCUGUGCGGGCUAUCCUACAGAAUAACCUCUCCCUGGCCAGGGAAAGCCUCACUUCCAAAUCCGAUGUCGAGAAUGAGGAAUACCUGUUCAAAGCAGCCUGCUCUGAGCUUCAGUCCUCGCUUCAGACAGCUCGCAACUCGGAAAUACAGCAUCAGCGCUCAUCGCGCACACAAUUACAGCAUGAAACCGAUAUAAUCUCACAGCGUCUCAGCCAAGAACUUUCAGGCAUGAAAGACGACAUCAAGGGCAUGUUCAAUGAUCACAAGAUGACCACACGAGAACAGCAGCGGAGCAUCGAUACCUCGGUUCAGGAAUUAAACUACAAGAUUACCGUAUCGCUAAACAGCGAUGGAAAGAGUGAGAUCGAAGGUCUCCGAUGGAUUUUGACCAGACGUGCCGCCCUGACGAUUGCUAUCUGUGCUUUCAUGAUCAUCGUCUUCUUGAAGUAUGCUUCCACACGCAAGGAGCCUGAGCCCAAGAAAGUCAAGAAAGCCGAGCAGCCUGUCGUCACCAAAGAAAUCGCUACUGAAACUCGAGUGGUCCAGGAUGGUGCCAUCCAGACAGACACUCCCUCUGCCGAAGCUCAUCUUGGCGAAUCUCUUGGUUGA